AUGGAAGACAACGUAAAACAUAACUUCCUGGAUCCGCUCGCACAUCUUCAGCAAACCGACCUCAAGGAAGUUAAUCAUCACAGGUCAAAACUAAAGGGCCGACGUUUGGAUUACGAUUGCAAAAAGCGGAAGCAGACACGAGAUGAGGAAUUGAUUCAGGCCGAAGACAAACUGGAAGAAUCCAAGAAGCUAGCGGAGCAAGCAAUGUAUAACCUCCUCAGCAAUGAUGUUGAGCAAGUGACUCAACUCUGUGCAUUAGUCGACGCACAACUGGAUUUCCAUCGACAGACCACGCAAGUGUUGGAACAUCUCAGAACUCAGCUGAAUCAAAGAAUUGCGGAAGCGAGCAGUCGACCGCGUGCUGAGCAUGUCAUCAAACCCGUGCUGACCGAUCGGACGCCAAGUACUCGGCAUGUUUUGUUUGGUGUUUUUUCUGCUUCCUUUUUUUUUUGCAUUUACAUGCUCGCUAAGGUCCCAGUGCUAUCCUUCGUGGUCUUUGACUCAGUUUCUACGCCAUUCCUACUACUUAAAUAA